UGCAUUCUUCGUGAACUGGGAAGAGCUUGGACUCGGAGCACGAGUCAGAGAGCCAGAGACCUGACUGGAGAGAGAGGAAGCCUCCGAAGAAAGACGAGUUCUGGCAUUGAGCGUGUUCACCAUCUUUGAUUCUUAGAAAAUCAAAGCAACCUAGCUAGCUCGAUCUAUUACAUGCUUCUUUAGGCUGGCCGCAAAGUUAUAUUUCAUGAGAACAAUCUGAAAGCGCGGCCGGUACGUUGGGGAGGGCGGUGGUUGAGAGCUUGCUGAUCCAGAUUUUUAAUUUGAAACUCUCAACUCUAGAACUUUGCCUCUGGCAGUCUCACGUUAAGCUGCAACCAUGGUGUUAGCAGAGCUAGGAGGGCGGAUCACGGCCGCCCUCCAGAGCAUGACCAAUGCCACCGUCAUCGACGAAGCGGUGCUCAAGGAAUGCUUGAACGAAAUCGCAAGCGCGCUGCUUCAGGCUGACGUAAACGUCAAGUUUGUCAAGGAGAUGCGAGACAACAUCAAGAAGGUCGUCAACUUUGAUGACCUAGCGGCGGGCCACAACAAGCGGAGAAUCAUUCAGCAGUCUGUGCUCAGCGAGCUGGUGCGCAUGCUGGACCCCGGGAAGCCCGCCUACCAGCUCAAGAAGGGCAAGCCGAACGUGGUCAUGUUCGUCGGCCUGCAAGGGUCCGGCAAGACGACCACGUGCACAAAGUACUCGUACUACUACCAGCGGAAGGGCUUCAAGCCCGCGAUGGUGUGCGCAGACACGUUCCGGGCGGGUGCGUUCGACCAGCUGAAGCAGAAUGCCACCAAGGCCAAGAUCCCUUUCUACGGAAGUUACACGGAGACGGACCCCGUCAAGAUCGCGCAGGAGGGCGUGGAGCGUUUCAAGGCCGAGGGGUGCGACUUGAUCAUCGUAGACACGAGCGGGCGGCACAAGCAGGAGGCGGCGCUGUUCGAGGAAAUGAAGGCGGUGGAAGACGUCGUGAAUCCGGACUUGGUGAUCUUUGUGAUGGACAGCAGUAUCGGACAGGCGGCGUUUGCGCAAGCGAAAGCGUUCAAGGACACGUCGAACGUGGGGGCGGUGGUCGUGACCAAGAUGGACGGGCAUGCAAAGGGAGGCGGGGCACUGAGCGCAGUGGCGGCCACCAAGAGCCCGGUGAUCUUCAUGGGCACGGGCGAGCACAUGGACGAACUAGAGGUGUUCGAGGCCAAGUCGUUCGUGAGCCGGCUGCUAGGAAUGGGCGACAUGAGCAGCUUCGUGAACAAAAUCACGGAGGCGAUUCCCCUAGACCAACAGCCGGAGUUGCUCGAGAAGCUGAGCCAGGGCCAGUUCACGCUGCGCAUCAUGUACGAGCAGUUCCAGAACAUCCAGAAGAUGGGGCCGCUGAAUCAGAACAUCCAAAAGAUGGGGCCGCUGAAUCAGGUGAUGUCGAUGAUCCCCGGCUUCAACGAGCAGCUGAUGCCCAAGGGGAUGGAGAAGGAGAGCCAGGCGCGGAUAAAGCGGUUCAUGACCAUGAUGGAUAGCAUGACGGACGAAGAACUGGAUUCGAGCAAUCUGAAGUUGAUAGCGGACCCGUCGAGGCUGACACGAGUUGCACGGGGAUCGGGACGGCCGCUACGAGACGUCCAAGAAAUGAUCGAGGAGUACAAGAAAAUGUCGAAGGCCUGGAAUGGUAUGAAGAAUCUUAAGAUCAACAAAAAGGGUAUGCUCAACCCCGCUAACCAGAAUCAAAACAUGGCGCAGCUAAGUAAAGCGCUGCCACCGCAGGUUUUGAGGCAGAUGGGCGGGAUAGGAGGGUUGCAAAACAUGAUGAAGGAGAUGAACGGAAAGGACAUGCAGGGCAUGCUCAAGAGCAUGGGGAUGGGAUGA